AAUAAAAAUGUGGAAGUUGAAGAUUGCAGAAGGUGGCGGCUCCCGCGGCGGAGCGUGGCUGACGACCACCAACAAUCACGUAGGGAGGCAGCAUUGGGAAUUUGACGGGGAGGCCGGUACCGCGGAGGAACUUGCCCAAGUUGAAUUAAUGCGAACUGAGUUCAAGAAAAACAGGUUCCGGUUCAAACAAAGUUCUGACCUAUUGAUGCGCAUGCAGCUUACGAAGGAGAAUCCACGUGGACCAAUUGCAAGAGCCGUAAAAGUGAAAGAAACAGAGGAAAUAACAGAAGAGGCAACCAUAACUACUCUCCGGCGCGCAAUUAGUUUCUACUCAACGAUUCAGUCCGGCGAUGGACACUGGCCGGCUGAAUCGGCCGGCCCUUUGUUUUUCCUCCCUCCUUUGGUGCUGGCGUUGUAUAUCACCGGAGCAAUAAAUGCCGUUCUGUCACCGGAGCAUCGGAAGGAGAUCAUACGAUACAUAUACAAUCACCAGAAUGAAGAUGGAGGUUGGGGGAUACAUAUAGAAGGACACAGCACAAUUUUUGGUUCUGUUCUCAGUUAUAUUACACUAAGGUUAUUGGGUGAAAGCCUCGAAGAUGGUGAUGACAUGGCAGUCGACAGAGGCCGAAAAUGGAUACUCGAUCAUGGUGGUGCUGUUGGCGUACCUUCAUGGGGGAAAUUUUUGCUCACUGUGUUGGGAGUUUACGAAUGGGAUGGCUGCAAUCCAACGCCCCCGGAAUUAUGGUUGCUCCCGUAUUUCUCCCCCAUUCAUCCAGGUAAGAUGUCAUGCUAUAGUCGGUCGGCAUAUAGGCCAAUGUCGUAUGUGUAUGGGAAGAGGUUUGUUGGGCCUAUCACUGGACUGAUUCAGUCCUUAAGAAGGGAGAUUUAUAUCGAGCCUUAUCCUGAAAUAAAUUGGAACAAAGCAAGAAACACGUGUGCUAAGGAAGACCUUUAUUAUCCCCACCCUUUAAUGCAAGAUAUGUUAUCGGGAUUCCUUCAUCAUUUUGCGGAGCCGUUGCUAAAAAGGUGGCCGUUUUCUAAAUUGAGAGAAAAGGCUUUAGGAAUUGCCAUUGAAAAUGUUCAUUAUGAGGACGAGAAUAGCAGAUACCUAUGCAUUGGAUGUCUGGAGAAGGUUUUGUCUCUACUUGCUUGUUGGAUUGAAGAUCCUAAUUCUGAAGCUUACAAACGCCAUCUUGCUCGUAUACCGGAUUACUUUUGGGUAGCUGAAGAUGGCCUGAAAAUGCAGAGUUUUGGUAGUCAAAUGUGGGAUGCUGCUUUUGCCAUUCAAGCAAUUUUAUCGGCAAAUCUUUCCGAAGACUACGGGCCGACCUUGAAGAAAGCACACAGCUUUGUAAAAGCCUCACAGGUUUGCGAAAACCCAUCUGGAGAUUAUCGUAAAAUGUAUCGCCACACAUCUAAAGGUGCUUGGACAUUUUCAAUGCAAGAUCAAGGUUGGCAAGUCUCUGACUGCACAGCUGAGGGAAUGAAAACUGCAGUUCUAUUGUCCCAAAUGCCACAAGAACUUGUUGGAGAAAAAAUUGAAACGGGGCGCUUAUACGAUGCUGUAAAUGUCAUUUUGUCCCUACAGAGUGAUAGCGGUGGAUUUCCUGCAUGGGAGCCCAAACGAGCAUAUCGUUGGAUAGAGAAGUUGAAUCCUACGGAACUCUUCGAAGAUGCCCUCAUUGAGCGAGACUAUGUGGAAUGCACUUCAUCGGCAAUCCAAGGCCUACAGAUUUUCAAGAAGUUUCAUCCCGAGCAUAGACGAAAAGAAAUAGAAACAUGCAUUGCAAGGGCAAAACAGUACAUAGAGAACAUUCAAGAAUCUGAUGGUUCCUGGUCUGGUUCUUGGGGUAUAUGUUAUACGUACGGAACAUGGUUUGCAGUGGAGGGCUUGGUAGCAUGCGGCUUAAAUUAUCAUAAUUCUCCUUCGUUGCAAAAAGCUUGUAAAUUUUUGCUGUCAAAACAAUUGUGUGAUGGCGGAUGGGGUGAGAGUUAUCUUUCAAGCUCCAACAAGGUGUACACUAAUAUCGAAGGUAAUAGAUCAAAUUUGGUGCAGACUUCGUGGGCUCUCUUAUCUCUCAUUAAUGCCGGACAGGGCGAGAUCGAUCCGUUGGCCAUACACCGUGGCAUGAGACUGCUGAUAAACUCACAAAUGGAAGAUGGUGACUUUCCUCAGCAGGAGAUCACAGGAGUCUUUAUGAAGAAUUGCACCCUCAACUAUUCGUCCUAUCGGAAUAUCUUCCCGAUAUGGGCUCUCGGUGAAUAUCGUCGACGCCUUCUUCAAACUUAAUUAGUCAAUAA